AUGUCGACAGCAUCUACCCAAUCCCGAGGCAUCAACCGACGGAUCAACAGCCUUCAAAAUGAAGCCCGGCACUCACGCAGCCUCUCCGGGUCUCGAAGGCGCCCAAUCAACUCCUCGACCGCGUACAGCUAUGCUCUCCGUGUAGCUUACCUCGCCUAUCUUCUCCAACCUCGUUCCAAGCGCAUACAAAAUGUGCCCGCUCCUCAACGGCCCAAGCGGACGUCGACGUCAUUCCAUGAUUUGAUGAGCGAUUUUUCUCUGGUCAAAGACUCCAAAAGCACGAAAUUUCCGCAUGGAUUCAUAGCCGAGCUGGAGAAGAGGCUGACGGGAGUCUUGAUUGGAAAAGAAAAAAGAAAGGAAUACCAAGAUACCCUUGUCGUGAGGACCUUUGCUGCCUUUCUCAACACAUUGAAGGAACAGUCGUUCAAGAAGCGGAUGGAAAAGGAUCGCCGGGCUGAGGAUCUCGUUCUUAUAUUCUACUCGAAUGCAACCAAGGAGCUGAGCAAGGGCAAAGAUUCAGAUGAUGAUAGUUGGAAGUUAAUGGUGGAUAGACAUGUUGCUCUUUUCGUCCGGCUGUUUGGACUCAUCCUGAAAGGCCAGGAUUGGGCCAAAGAACGACCGGAGUUGGCAAAUCGGUUAUCUGUCUUGGAGAAUAAACUUCUUUCCCAGGACCAAGACCUAGUUCAGAAUGGGUCCUCUGAGACGGUGGAGGUUAUCGCUCCCCUGAGUUACGAUGUAAAGGACAUGCCACUCGUACAGCAUGUUGCGAAGAUAUUUGACAUGACCACAGCUCAGGUGCAGGCCGAUCUUGAUAAAAAUAGGGCGGUUUGGACCGGACAGGCAGCACUCCAGGAUCUGAAGGCGUAUCAAGCCCAUUUGAAUCUCAAGACCCGCAAAACACUGUCGAAGGAGGAUUUUGAGAACGAGGAAGCAUAUGAAACCUGGAAGAGGAGUGAAGGUCCCGAUCUCUCCCAGAUGAUGCUUGCUAUUGUACAAUCAAAUCCAGAGCUUGCAAAAAGUACUCCAGGUGGUGCUCUUCCUCAGUUUAAUACAGGCGCUGCCGACCAGGACGGGUCAUCUGGAGAGCUCUCAAGAAGAAACUCCGACAGGCCUACAUCAUUUGUCAUCGAUCAGUCGAUUGAUCUUAGUUCACUGUCCUUCAGUGAUGAUGGUAGCAACAAUUCUGACGAAUCCGAUACAUACACGUUCAUUCCAUCGGACCCAAGGCCCUUAUAUAAAUUCAUACUGGCUCGAACCCUAACCCAUGACCUGAAAGACCGCGAAAUGGAAGCCGCUCAAAAUGCCUCCGAGAUUCCGUCCGGAAGAUUAUUCUCAAAACAGUCUACUGAAUUCCUAAACGAGGUUUGCCUUCGCUGGCGAAUCCCAAACUUCUCCAGACUUGUCCUAUUUCUCGAUGUUGCUCGGACAAAGUUUGUGGAUAAUGAGAUUGAUCUGAAUACCCUUGAUUCAGCAUUUAUUUUUGCCAAAGAGUCGCCCUCGCAGGAGGGCAGGAAACGUAGUAGCUUCGUGGCUUCGGUCCUCUUCGACAGAAAAAGAUGGACUAUCCACGACCUUCUUCUGAUGCAGCAGCUACUUUCUUCUCUUCACGAAGCUCUGCUGCGAGAAUUGUACGAUGUCAUGAUGGACUGCUAUGAGGCGAAGCCGCGUCCAAUUGGCCCGGUCAUGUACGUCCUAGAGAAUCACAUCCAACUGGAUCCCAAUUAUACAGAGGACUCAGAGGACAUUGACCGUUUCCGCUCGUACGUACAAGAGGGGCUUGCCCAAAAAGCGACAGAAAGAUAUCAAGAUCUUCUUGGUCAGGAGGUACCAGUUGAACCGGAAGCCUGGAAGAUAGACCAUGUCAUUCAACUUGGUGAAGCCAUAACAAAACUUGCACAGAAGAUUCGGAAACGAUAUCGAAAUAACCCGGAAAUCAUGGGGGUGAAUCCUUAUAACAUCUUACUUGCCAAUGCACUCCCUGUUUACGCUGAAGAUGCUCACGAGAUGGUGGUCAGGAUUUUUGAGCAGGCAAAAAUGAAGGAAGAAGAGAUUGAUAUGCAGGACGGUUUUGAUCUCUACAAACAGCUGACUGCCACGCGGCGACUGUUCGCAGAAUCCCUUCCCGACGUUCCUUUCCCCUUCCAUGUAGAAGAUCUUCUAGAGGGCUUUGUCUGGCAAUGGAUUCACCUGACCGAGGCGAAGGUAAUGGAUUGGGUUGAGCAAGCAGUCAGGAAGGACGUCUUCACUGUCCGAGCCGACGAUUCAACCGAAGUUGCCCCCGAAGACUACAGGCAUAGUGUGUCCGUGAUCGACAUAUUUCGUUCUUUCAAUCAGGUGAUUGAACAGAUGAUGGAUCUCGAAUGGGACGACGAUUUCCAGUAUGCAAAGUUCAUGACCGCCCUUUCCAAAUCAAUAGGGAGAGGUGUGUCGAAAUACUGUGAUUCUCUAGAGCAGAUGUUUGCCAGAGAAAUGGACCGGUUGUCACCCGAUCAAGAGGCAGCCAUGAACCAGACGACUCAGGAGAAAUUGGUGCAAAUAGCAAAGGAGGCAUGGACAAGUAAGGAGAAGAUCGAACCAUUCCAGUUCUUCCCCGAGUCUCUUGUGAAACUGAACAACAUUGAAUAUGCCCUCUCUCAACUCGACAAGCUUGAAAGUGAAAUCAACGUUGAUGGAUGUGCGGAAGUAAUCGCACAGAAUGCCCCACCUCAAGUUCAAAAGAUUCGCAAAUCAACAACAUACGUCUUCACUAUCAAGAUUGUGGAGGCCGAAGACCUCAAAGCUUGCGAUAUGAAUGGCAGCAGUGAUCCUUAUGUUGUUUUGACAGAUGAGUAUCAAAAACGCAUUGCAAAGACUCGCAUUAUCUAUAACAACCUCAAUCCUCGAUGGGAUGAUACGGUCGACAUUACAACGCAAGGCCCGCUAAAUAUCAUCGCAACGGCCUGGGAUUGGGACGCAGUGGGCGACCAUGACUACGUCGGUCGGACGUCAGUCAAAUUAGACCCUGUGCAUUUCAGUGAUUUCCUCCCAAGAGAAUACUGGCUGGACCUGGACACGCAAGGAAGGGUGUUGCUCCGUGUAAGCAUGGAAGGCGAACGUGAUGACAUCCAGUUCUACUUUGGAAAGGCAUUCCGAACCUUGAAACGUUCUGAGCGAGACAUGACUCGCAAGAUCACGGAGAAGCUAUCUUCGUAUAUUAGCCAUUGCUUGUCACGCCGAACAUUGAAGUCUUUGCUGUCCCAAAAGCUCACUAUGGCGAGUGUAUCGAACUUUCUGAACCGCAAUCGCACGCAGCCUACUACCGUUUCACCGUCUGCGGCGGAUGUGGAAAACGCGCUUACUCCUCUUUUUGACUACUUCAACGAUAACUUUGCAAUCAUGAACAAAACACUGACAUCCGAAGCGAUGAAAAUGGUCAUGGCUCGUUUGUGGAAAGAAGUACUUGCAACUAUUGAGAGUCUUCUCGUACCACCCUUGUCGGAUAAACCAUCGCAUCAGAAGCCUCUGACUAUGCAAGAGGUUGACAUCGUCUCACGCUGGCUCGUGCUUCUUCUAAACUUUUUUCAUGCAAUUGAUGAUGAGACCGGUGAAGCCAAUGGCGUCUCGAUAGAUAUCUUGAAGUCGCCCAAAUAUCACGAGAUUCAGAGUCUGAACUUUUUCUAUUUCGAAUCGACAGAUAACCUUACCCGCACUUCGGAACGCAUGGCUUCAGCGACAGUGAGUCGCCAACAGGCAAGUAAGCAUCGGGUAUCGGCGCCAGCACAGAUAGGCGCCUCCAGUCCUGGCAGCAUCCUCGGUCUCCCUAGUGCACGACGAGCGAAAAGCAUUAUGCUCUCCCGAAAUGUGGGUACGCUGAGGAAAAUGAAAGAAGAGAAGUGGCGUGAAGCCCAGGCUGAACCAAAUGAUGACAUGAUCCUGCGUAUUCUCCGUAUGCGGCCAGAAGCAGCUGGGUAUCUUCGCGAUCGAAGCCGCCAGAAAGAAAGACUUGCAGCCGCAGCAGCUGCUGAUGCCAUUGUCAAACAAAGUCUCAUGGCUGGUGCUGGUGGAAGGUUGACUGGGAACCCUGGACGACGAUGA